UCCAAAGAGAAACCGACCUUUCCCCAAGGCCACCCCUACCCUCUAGAUAAAUAAGGAUUCUGUCGUAAAACUUUCUUUUACUCCAUAAGAAAAGUGUCUAAUUUCUGGCAAAUAAAGGAAAAAUCCUUACUAGUUGGUCUUUUCCUUUUCCUUCUUUUUGUCGAAAUAAUUCGAUAGCGAAAACGAUGUCGUCUUCGGGGAGGAAGAUCACUGAACUGAAGUGCUCGGACGGUGAAUCGUUCGAGGUGGAUGAAGGUGCGUUGGAAUCACAGACGAUAAAGCACAUGAUCGAGGACGAUUGCGCCGAUAACGGAAUACUGUUGCCCAACGUCACGAGUAAGAUCCUGGCGAAGGUGAUCGAGUAUUGCAAAAAGCAUGUGGAGGCUCCUAAGACGGAAAAUCGAAUCGCCGAGGACGAGCUCAAAAAUUGGGACACUGACUUUGUCAAGGUCGAUCAAGCCACUCUCUUCGAUCUCAUUCUGGUAUCUGAGAACAAAUCUAGUGUUUCAGUAUCCAGGUUGUCCUUGCCCAGUAACAUGGAGAAAUUUCUUUGUGACCGAUUGCUUGACCCUACCCAACCCAUAUCUGAGCGCUUCCGAGCCCUUUUCUCCCUUCGCAACCUCAAAGGCCCUGGCCCUCGCAACGCUCUCAUUCAAGCAACAAGGGAUUCAUCAAAUUUGUUGGCUCAUGAAGCUGCAUUUGCAUUGGGUCAAAUGCAAGAUGCUGAAGCUAUCCCUGCUUUGAAAGCAGUUCUCAAUGAUUUUUCUUUGCAUCCCAUUGUUCGUCAUGAGGCAGCAGAAGCACUUGGUGCAAUUGGUUUAGAGAGUAACAUUCCUCUUUUGAAGGAUAGUUUGGUUCUAGACCCAGCUCAGGAGGUCCGUGAAACAUGUGAGCUGGCUCUCCAACGAAUUGAGGAGUUAAAGUCUGGUGGUAGCGAUGAUAAAGCAUCCAUGGCAGAAAGGUCACCUUUUUUGUCAGUUGACCCUGCUGCACCAGCUUCGUCUCAUUCAUCUAUUAAUAAAUUGAGGGAGGUGCUGUUGGAUGAAGAAAGAGGCAUGUAUGAGAGGUAUUCAGCUCUUUUUGCUCUCCGAAAUCAUGGUGGAGAGGAAGCUAUUUCUGCCAUUAUUGAUUCUUUGGGUGCGAAAAGUGCUUUGUUGAAGCAUGAGGUUGCUUAUGUCUUGGGUCAGUUGCAAAAUAAAGCUGCUUCAGCUGCACUUAGCAGAAUACUCAGGAAUGCAAGUGAGCACCCAAUGGUUAGACAUGAAGCUGCUGAAGCUCUUGGUUCUAUUGCAGAUGAUGAAAGUGUAGCGCUGCUUGAGGAAUUUGCUAGAGAUCCUGAGCCUAUUGUCUCAGAGAGUUGUGAAGUUGCUCUUAGCAUGCUUGAAUUUGAGAGAGCAGGAAAAUCAUUUGAGUUCCUCUUCAUGCAAACUCCUUUGGUGCAUUAGAACUGGUUAAAAUGGAGCUGGGGAAAGACAGAGGAAGAAUAAUAUACAUGAUUUUUGUUUUUUUGAAAUAUAGACACAUCAACAUGCACUUAUGGUGAUUAGGGUUUGUAUUACGGCUUUGAUAUAGUUUGGAAAGAAUUGAUCACCCAAAGUUUGUAAGAAUAACUUAUGAUCUGCUGAGAGGAGUUAUGCAAAACAAUAUUCAUUAUACAUGCUUAGUGGAAAUUUAGAACU